UCUUUUUUUUCUUGUCGUUGGAAAAGCAGGGAUUGGGAAAUCCCUGUUUUGCCAAAAGGUGAUUCGCGAUUGGGCCAACAACGAAUUAUUUCAAGCACGAGAAAACACUGAAAUCCCCAAUUUAAAGUUUGUGUAUUUGCUUACUUUCCGUCAAUUGAAUUUGCUUGAAAAUAACUGUGUGACUGUAAGAGAAAUCUUAAAUUGUUGUUCGACUCUGGAUGACAGAUGUAACAUUGAUGACUCUACAUUUGAGUACAUUUUAAAGCAUCCCAAGGAAGUUAUGAUCAUCCUCGACGGCUAUGAUGAGUAUUCACAGCAAGACUACAUCGCUGGAAACUUAGAAGAACAGCAUCCCAAUGAUGCUAGACGUAAAAUGCCGGUGACCGCAUUAUGUUCAAAACUCAUCAAAGGAAAAAUCUUGAAAGAGACUAUCGUCAUGGUUACCUCGCGACCUGAUGAAUCUGACAAAAUGGGAGGAAUCCGUUUUAAACGAUACGUGGAAAUUGCGGGGUUUUCGUCAGAACAAGUGAAAGAGUACAUUGAGAAAUACUUCAAGAACAACGAAAAUAUGAAGAACGCUGUACUUAAACAUGUCACGAACAAUGAGAACCUUGUCAGUUUUGCUCAUAUUCCUAUGCUGUGUUAUCUGUUGUGCUUCGAGAUGGAGUAUACCCUUGCUGAAUCAGAAAAUCCUGAUGACCUUCCUGUCUCAAUAACCAACAUUUACACCAAACUUGUUGAUAUCUUUGAACUUAAGCACUGCGCCGAGUCAGAAUACAGACAGAAAGAAAUUCCUGAGCAAUUCAAGCCCCCUUCUGUCAUCAAGAACACAUUAGAGAAAUUAUCAAAACUAGCGGCGAAACUGGUGGUUGAGAGAAAGCCAACUUUUGAUGAAGGGGAGAUGGAAGGCGAGUUUGAGCUGGAAGAAGUCAACAAACUGAUGGAAAAAUUAUUAGAUUCACCCUUUAUGCAUCGUAAUCUUAAAAUGACGUGUCUGAAUGAGUAUCAAAACAAAGAAUUUGCCAAAAAAUUCAUCAGGAAUAAUCCGCAAGCGUUUUGUAAUUCAGACGGCGUCGUGGCUUUUGAGGUUUUUUCUGAUGUGGGCUGCAUUGGUGUAUCAUUUGUGUUGGACAUUAUCAGUGAACUAAAUAAAGAGGAAGCUGGAGAGGCACAACACAAAUGUUCUGAUAAGUUCGUCAAAGUUAAGAAGGUAGGACUUAGCGGACCACAACUAACACGCGGACCACAACUAACACGGUCUGGAAUACAACGAGUCUGUAAUUCACUGAACAAUAAACACUGUCUUGUGUCUAAACUGAACUUAUUGGACAUUUACUUGGCUGAUGAAUGUGUUGAUGUUAUUAAUAGAUUAGUAGUAAGGAAGUUAACCGCAUUAAGUCUAGUGAGCACUUGGAUCACUGAUACUGGUGUUGCCAGUCUAUGGGAAGCUUUACAGCAUCCAAGCUGUAAGCUAACCACACUAAAUCUGCAGAGUAGUUCUAUCACUGAUACUGGUGUUGCCAGUCUGUGUAAAGCUUUACAGCAUCCAAGCUGUAAGCUAACCACACUAAAUCUGCAGGGUCGUUCUAUCAAUGAUACCGGUGUUGCCAGUCUAUUUGAAGCUUUACAGCAUCCAAGCUGUAAGCUAACCACACUAAAUCUGCAGGGUAGUUAUAUUAAUGAUAUCGGUGUUGCCAUUCUAUGUGAAGCUUUACGGCAUCCAAGCUGUAAGCUAACCACACUAAAUCUGCAGGGUAGUUAUAUCAAUGAUAUCGGUGUUGCCAGUCUAUGUGAAGCUUUACAGCAUCCAAGCUGUAAGCUAACCAGACUAAAUCUGCCUUCCUUUUCUUAGUCGCAAUUCUUAAAGCUAUAACUCAGAGACACCGACCAGCUUUAAACCUGUCUUUUGAGGGUCGUCUAAAUCUUAUAUAGUUUCAUCAAUUUUUAGUAGAUUUUUAUAUUUAAACAAAAUAAAUAGUUGCAAGUCAAAUCUUAAUUUUGGGUCAAAGAGACAUACCAGGUAGACGAAGAAUUUUUAAUCACCAGAGUGAAAAACAACGCUUAAUGUAAAUAG